CACCAUUUCGAUAUUUUGUCACACCCCUACUUUCUAUAUGCCCAUUUCUGCCUAAAUUGACCAUUAAAAGUUAUUUUGAUUGUUUCUUAUGUCAUAUUUUAUACUUUAUUACUCAACAAAGUAAUGAAUAACUAAAGCAGCUUCUCAUUCUCUAUUUAAUGGGGUAAUAAUAAUGUGCUGUAUGUGUUUCCCCUUUUUAAUGUAACUUCUGAAACAACAUAUGUGCUGACAAAAGUCUCCUAGCCUUUGGUGCAAUAGAGACGCAGACUCACUCCCUAAGUAUAUGAAUAAUUUCUACACUUGGCUGUCACUUGAUAGUAUACGCUGAGCAAAUCGAGCACUUGUGGGUUGACAUCUCUUCUUCAAGUCCGUAUCAAUGCUUCUCUUUAAUAUGGCUUUACCAAAUGCAACUUUGGAUUUUUGGAGUGAAAACAGUGUUUUGCUUCAGCCUCUUUGGGACAAACUGAGAGUGGACUACAGAGAUUGUCUUCGCUCACCACUCUUCCCCAUUAUUCUCACCGUGUCGUCCUACUUCAUCUUGUGUCUUCCUUUUCUAAUGUGCGACAUGGCGGGAGACAGCUGGCCAUGGGUGCAGCGUUUCAAGAUGCAGCCAAGACGGAGGCCCACAACAUCCAUGCUGCUGCACUGUGCAGGUGUCACCCUUUAUAAUCAUGUUUUUCUGGUUCUCCCUGCAUCAGUAGCUCAGUGGAUAUGGAGGCCACCCGUGGAGUUGCCUGACAAGGCACCGUCUUUCCAGGAGCUGAUAUUUGGAGUCCUGGGCAACCUACUGCUCUUUGACCUCCAGUACUACAUCUGGCAUGUGCUACAUCACAAGAUACCCUGGUUAUACGUCACCUUCCAUGCAAUCCAUCAUAACUACUCCUAUCCCUUUGCUCUGGCCACUCAGUGUCUGGGCGGGUGGGAGCUCCUCACUGUCGGGUUUUGGACCACUCUGAACCCUGUGCUUCUGAGAUGCCACCUGCUGACCACAUGGACCUUCAUGGUGUUGCACGUCUACGUCUCUAUAGAGGCGCACUGUGGUUACGACUUCCCCUGGUCCAUGUCACGUCUGAUACCGUUCAGCCUGUACGGAGGGCCCAGCAAACACGACGUGCACCAUCAGAAACCUAAUACAAACUUUGCUCCUCAUUUCAGCCACUGGGACAAAAUAUUUGGCACCCAUGCUGAGUUCAGUUUUGUUACGACAAGCAAAAGAUGGAAAAUGUAGAUUUUUGGGCUUUAUGACAGCAUGGUUAAGUGAAAAGGGUUGUGUGCUUUACAUUUACUUUGUCCACCUAACUCCCGCUCUGCUAUUGA